CAACCGUUUAAACUUUUAAACUGUCCCUUCAACACGCAUCCCGCUGCCUGUCUUUUAGGGGAUGUCCGGAUUGGAUAACUAGGUUCCAAGAUUGCGAGACAAGAUCGCAAAUCUAUGGAAAAGACUUCGUUGAAGCCAUGAUAUAACCCUCAGUUUACUACUUUACAUGCGAACAGUUCCAAUUUCUGUCAUUCCUUCAUUCGACGUACCGAUUACGAAAUCUAUGUUGGCACGCGUGGCCUCCCCCAUACUGUACCUCGUUACUACCAGGUAGUCAACACGCAAUUAUUUAGCGCUUCAACGAUCUUUUGAUUUUUCUCUUCUUAAUUGUACAUAUACUUGUAAACCUCCGGGUCCCGCAUCUCGUCUUCGAACCCAAGUUCCCAAAAUGCCGAAGCACGGCGCGACGCUUGGGCUGCGAUUAGCCCCACGGCGAGUCACUCUGCUCCUCGUCCUUGUUGGCAUAUUUGCGCUAUUCACCCUGCUUUUCACACUUCCUAAUGCCAUACCAACUGGGCCAAGCCUGUCAAAGUCGAUCGCCGACCAUAAGUUCUCUAUACCGAAGUACAAGGACAAGUUCUCAUCGAGCAUAUUGAACCCCUUUCGCCCUGCUUCGCAUAAGCCCCCAGAGCAGAAAAAUUCGACAUAUGGAGGGAGCUCGUGGUACUCGAAUUGGAAUUGGAGGAGCCCGUUCUCUUCUUCUAUUACACUAGAUGAGAAUCGCGCGCUUCUUCCGCCUCUAAAGGACAGGGCCCCUAUCUACUGCUAUUAUGACACCACCCUCCAGCGGGAGGAGGCUACGAAGGAAGCCGAGAGUGCGCUACUACUUACGUGGAGGCGUGCUUGGUGGGCUCAGGGGUUCAAACCUAUCAUCCUUAGUGCGGCAGAAGCAAUGAACAACCCUCUCUAUGACGAACUUCAGAGACUAGAUGUGGAGCCUGGUUUCAAGAAAGAGAUGAUGCGCUGGCUAGCAUGGGAAAACAUGGGUGGUGGACUUCUGGCACACCAUUUACUAUUUCCGAUGGCUUCUCAUGAAGUUCCACUGCUCUCGUUUCUGCGAAGAGGGGAAUAUCCCGGCCUCACGAGAUGGGAAGGCUUUGACAACGCUCUUUUUGCUGGCCCUAAGAUCCAGAUCGCAGACGCUAUCGUUCAGGCUCUCCGGAACCCCAAGAACAAAGCAGUCAAGGAUUUUAUAUCUGCUGUGACCAGUGACACCUUUCUAGUUGAUCCGUCACACGAUUCCCUCGCUUUCUACGACGCCAAGACUGUUGAGAAGAAUUACCAAAAGGUCGCCGAGGAAACAGCAGCGAACCGUGAGAAGGGUAUCAAAAGCCUAAACCUUCUAAUCAAUUCACAUCUACACAAUACGUGGCAAGAUAUUUUCUCCAACGGAAUUGCCGUCCUCAAACCCAUGCCAGCUCAUACAACGCGCAUGAUCGAACCAGCUUUAGAACUGGCGACACUGCUCGCGACUUGUAGUGAAAGUCCAGUGCCAUCAUCUUGUCCGCCGAACCUUCCGAAGUGCUCACCGUGUGUUGCGUCACACCCCAUGAAAAUCUCGACUCCGGCGCGGUACCGGAAUACUACUAGCCUAUACACUAUCGGAAUUGUGCCCCAUCCGUAUACUCUACGCACGCUAGACGCCUCCAGGGACACUCUAGACAUCGCUUACAUCAGGCGUGAGAUCAAAAAGCGCGACGAGUGGCUAUACCUCAUCUUCCAGGAACUCCUCGGCACGGGGAUAUCCGGCUCGGUGCGCGUGGUCAAGUUCAAGGAUGCCGUGGCCGGGGAAUACGCGACCUCGCACUCGCUCUGGCUAACGGCGGAGAAAGAGUCGGUGCCCCACGACCUGGAUUGGUGGUUCGGCUUCGAACUCCCGAGCAAUACGACCGACGACGGCAAGUCCGAGACGCCCGUGCCCGGCCCCGAGCGUAGGCCAAAGCCACAACACGACCCCGCCGACGGCCCGGUCCCGACCCUCGAUGAUUUGGCGCAGGAGCCGCGCCUUCUCGAACGCGCGAGGGAGGUUGCUAAGAGCAAGGUCGAAGAGGACGUGCGUAUUCGCAGCGCGAUAGAGGCUUGGAAUUUGGCUGAUACGGAGGCGUGGCGGUUCGCGAGGGCGUUCUUGGCGCGCGCGAGGGUCGAGAGAUUGAAGUGGGAAGAGGAGGAGAGCAGAUAUGCUGGCGGCAUGGGCAGCGAUGCUGACAGUAUACCGGGGAGCAGCUGGCUACGGUGGGGAGACGACAAGGAGACACAUGAUUAAGGUUUAGGAGAGGAGAAGCAGAGUUUCAAGAGCAAGAGCAGAUAGGAGAGCAACGACAUGUACGGAUGACAUGGACGUUUAUUUAAGCCCUAAGUUCAUUGUUUUGCGGGUUUUGAUGCUCAACGGCAGCAAGGCGUUUGCGCGUUAUGGAAUUUUUGUUAGACUAGAGCUUGCUGAAUUCUGUAUUGGAGAUCCUGCUGCUUGACGCAGGGGCAGGUGUACCAUAAAU